AGUAAACAAAAUUAAAUGACGGAGAAUGCAGCGUCAUUUGUGCUCAAUAUCAUAUUGACAAAGCUAUUUAUUGUGUUUUAUUUAACGAUUUUGGUCGAAAUACCAUCAGUUUCAAGUGAUAGAGAGAGGAUGGAACGGUCCAUCAAAAGACUAGAGACUGCUCGACAAAAACGCGAAGGUGGAGGAUUCUUAGUCCGUCGACCGAUUGGUGACAAAAUCGAUUUCGCCGCAUGCGAUCCAUUUCUGAUGUUGGAUCAUAUGGGCCCAGCUAACUACGGUCCCGGUGAGGCUGUUGGCGCUCCCGACCCCCACAGAGGAUUUGAAACGGUUACUUAUAUUAUUGAAGGUGACGAAAAACACAAGGACAGUGCUGGUAAUUGUGGUAAUCUUUUACCUGGCUGGGUACAAUGGAUGACAGCUGGGAGUGGUGUGGUGCACAGUGAGAUGCCCAGUGAAGAACUUUUGAAAAAUGGUGGGAAAAUGGAAGGUUUUCAACUUUGGGUUAAUUUACCAAAGAAAGAUAAGAUGGUCCGACCGCGUUACCAGGACACUGCAGCAGAAAAAAUACCAAUAGCAAAAUCUGAAGAUGGCCUGGCAACUGUGAAGAUAAUUGCUGGUGAAAGUUUGGGGACCAAAGCAGUGAUCGAGACACGGUCACCAAUAUUAUACUUAGAUAUCCAUGUAUCACCUGGAGGAUCCUUUACUCAGAAGAUACCACAAGAUUUCAAUUGCUUUGUAUAUGCUUGGAGGGGAAAAGGGUUCAUUGGGGAUACUGCAGUACAGAUGGGACAGGUUGCAGUACUUUCAAAGAACGGUGAACAAAUCACAUUGAAAGGUGAUAAAAACGACAGCCUUCAUGUUUUGCUUGUUGGUGGAGUCCCACUCAACGAACCUAUUGCUCAUCAUGGUCCGUUCGUGAUGAACACGUGGGAGGAGAUCGAUCAAGCCAUUCGUGAUUAUCACAGUGGGAAACUGGGAAAGAUCGAUGGUGCUGAGGAAAGAUAUGCUAAAACCGAGAAGGCUGUUCGUCAGCAGAAAAAUGCCGGCAGUUGGCACCAAUCAUUGUAAAUACGUAAAUGUAAAUUUCAAUUCAUAAUUUUAACAACUAUAUCUACGUACGUGACAUUUUUAUAUAGUAACAUAUGUAGAAAGUUUUCAAUAGUCGCCGACUCGCCAUGUUCUUAGACAAUGCGAUAAAGAAACAGACUUUCAAAGUUAUGACUUAUUCACAAAUUAUACUUCUAUACAUACCUACGUACGCAGUUAGGACUUUCACAUUCAAGGAAGAUCUUACAAGAUCGAAAAACAGUUCACUUAACAUGUCUCUAAUCUCAUAAUAAAGCUGUUUGCAAUUUUA